GGAAGGACGAUGCAGACCUUUCACUUUCGAGGACAAUGCAGCAAGGCAGCUGCUGAAAAUAGCUCUAGAGGACGCUCUCUCGCCACUCUCGAGUUGAGGCCAAAGCUUAAGGUUUGCCAUCCUUUGCAGAGCUCAAGAGCUGGGGCAGAGCGCGCAGAUUGUGGUGGUUGAAAAGGGUUUGAAAGCAUUGGUGCGCUGUCACAUGCCACCACCUUUUCUGCUGACAGAUCUUUGCAUAAGGCGGCAGGAGGGGAGCAGCUAGGACUCGGUCCAGGCACCUGUAGGCAGCCGCACAAGUUGUUGCCUACCUGGGAGCGCAAAGAGAACCAGCAUUCUCCUGCAUUUGACCAGAAGCUUGACUUGGGUCUCCAUUGCCCUCCGCCUUGAGCCAAAAAUGGCGCUGCAGAGACUAGGCGCUCACAUUUGGCGCCAGAAAGCGGCCCGAGAAAGAUUAGCGGGGGUACUCCGCCCAGCCUUUCUGGCGCCCUCCUUCGGAGCCUUCCCCUCAGCUCCUUUUGAAAAUGCUGCAAGGGACACCCAGUCGGACUCCACCAAGCUUGCUCAGGCUCAAGUACAGGCUACAACAACUAGAGCACCGCUAGUCUACACCGGUUUUAGUACAGCGAACGCAGAUCCGAGGGGUACAACGACGACAAGCAGAGCAUCGGCCCCUCAUGUUGAGGGGCGGUCCGCGGUGUCUGUGGCGGCAGAGUAUGCGCUGCGCAAUGCUCCGAGAAAGGACUGGAGCAAGGCCGAAAUCCAGGCCAUCUUCGACUCGCCGCUGAUGGACCUACUUUUUCAUGGAGCAGAGGUCCAUCGGCACUUCCACCGCUUCCGAGAGGUGCAGCAAUGCACGUUGCUGUCGAUCAAAACGGGGGGCUGCUCCGAGGACUGCUCGUACUGCCCGCAGUCGAGCCGAUACACCACUGGUGUGAAAGCCGAAAAGCUGAUGGCGGAAGACACAGUCAUCGCUGCGGCGCGAAGGGCGAAAGAGGCGGGGAGCACUCGGUUCUGCAUGGGGGCUGCAUGGAGGGACACGAUUGGACGGAAGACCAACUUCAACCAGAUUCUGACCUAUGUGAAGGAGAUCCGGGGGAUGGGCAUGGAGGUGUGCUGCACGCUGGGCAUGAUCGAGGAGGCGCAGGCGCGGCAGCUGCGCGAGGCGGGCCUCACGGCGUACAACCACAACCUCGACACAAGCCGCGAGUUCUACCCGUCCAUCAUCACCACGCGCUCUUAUGAUGACCGGUUGCAGACUUUGAAGUACGUGCGCGACGCCGGCAUCAGCGUGUGCAGCGGGGGAAUCAUCGGCAUGGGGGAGGCCGCCGAGGACCGCGUGGGGCUUAUUCACACCCUUGCCACGCUACCGGAGCAUCCGGAGUCCGUGCCCAUCAAUGCGUUGCUGGCAGUACCCGGGACGCCCCUGCAGGACCAAAAGCCCGUCGAGGUCUGGGAGAUGAUCCGCAUGAUCGCGACCGCCCGCGUCACGAUGCCAACGGCCAUGGUGCGGUUGUCUGCGGGGCGCGUCAAGUUCUCACUGCCGGAGCAGGCUCUAUGUUUUAUGGCUGGCGCCAACUCGAUCUUCACGGGGGAGAAGCUGCUGACGACGCCCAACAACGACUACGAUCAAGAUCAGCAGAUGUUCAAGACGCUGGGACUCGUUCCUAAGCCGCCAAACUUCAUGCAAGGAGCGGACCGUGAGGCGGCUGAACUCUCGGGUCAGCAAGAAGAGGAGCAAGUGGCGGCUGCCGCAAUGUGAACCGCUAAGUCGCAAUGAGUAGAUGCCAACGAAAGCCAUGUAGCGUUGAGUGUUCGUUCGAGCCGUCUUUGUGUCUAUAAGACUCGUCAGCGACGCAUUGAUAGCAAGAACUUUAUCUACGCCAAAACCCUCAAACUGACGAUCUAGUAUGCCCGUUCGAACACGGGCGGCCUUGUGCUCACGAUUGAAUGGUCGAUAUUAACACUCGGCAUCAUUCUGAU